GGCAUGGGAAAGAAAGACAAGUCAAAGAAAAAGAAAAAGUCUAAAAAGAAGACAAAAUCUAGCAGCAGUGAAAGCUCAAGUAGUGGUGAAGAAAUGUGGGUUGAAAAAACAUCCGAAACACCAAUUUCAGAUUCUAAACAAGAAAAAUCUCAAACAGAAACAAUUGAUCCGUUUGAGCUUAUGUUUUCAUCAAGCGCCAAAAGCAGAAAAGAGCUUAACGAGCAAAAGCCGAAAGACGAAAAAGAAGAGGGGAAAAGAAAAAGCAAAUUGUGCGAUACUGAAUUGGAAGAAACGAUAACAUCUCGUGAGUUGAACCCGUACUGGAAGAACGGAGGGAAAGGGCUGCCUUCGGCUAAAAAUCCAGAUAAAGAUCGAAAUAGUUCUGAUAAACUACAUAAUGAAAGAGAUGAGCUUGACGAUAAUGAACGUGAUGAUAAUGAUACUCGAUUUUCGAGUGUGAAAAGUUGCCCUCGAGAGCUCAGCAAAAUUUCAAGAACCGAAGUUGCAAAACCGAAGUCAGAUUUGAACAAACUUUCAGCUGACUUGUUGAAAGCUGAACUGAUGGGCGAUUCUAAAAAGAUUGAAGAGCUUAAAGAGUUAAUUGAGGAUGCCAAAAGCGAUGAAGCCUCUAGAAAUCAAGUCAUGUUGACUAAAAUUGGACCGUCAGGUGCAGUUUUUCCGGUAUCUAGCAGUUCACAUUCUUCUGGCAUUGAACAGAAAAAGCGCAGAGGCAAAAUUGAGACUCAUGAUAGUGAUGGUAAACGUGUUCGUUAUGGAACUGACGAUGAUGGUCAAUCUAUUAAUGAUAUGCUGGUUAGAGAGAAGUCGCAGACAGCUGUAAAUCAGAAUAGAGCUUUGAUGAAGUUCAUGGGCGGAAGGGGGCGUGGCUUUGAGACUCUGGAUGAUAAGUUUGAGAGUGCGAAGGCAAUGAAGAAGUCGGGAGGGGUAGAGGAUCGGGCGAUGGAAGAAGAUGCAAAGAGUGAACAGCGUAAAGCCUUGCAGACGAUGGAUGAGUGCUACCUGUGCUUCAACAGUGCAGCGUGCAAACAACGUCUCGUGGUCCGAUCAAACGAGUACUGUUACUUAUCUCUACCAUUCGAUACACCUCUCGUCAAAAAUCACUGCCUAAUAUGCCCUGUUCUACACUACAACUGCAGCACACUCUUAGACGAAGAAGUUUUCGAGCGAAUUGAAGCAGAGAAACGAUUUUUAGUGGAAAAAUUUGCAAAGUUGAAGAAACGUGUGAUUUUUGUGGAGUGCUUUAGAAACUCGAAGAAGUUUUUCCACAUGUAUAUAGAAUGUAUUCCAGUCGGAAGGAGUUCGUACUCGGAAGCUCCGAUGUUCUUCAAGAAAGCGAUUAUGGAAUCGGAAGAGGAAUGGAGCAUGAACAAGAAGUUAGUGGACCUGAAAAAUAAUGACGUCAGAAGAACAAUCCCGAAAGGCUUAUCUUACUUUACGGUUCAGUUUGGACUUGAUCCGGGAGGUUUUGCACAUGUCAUAGAAGACUGCUCGCUCUUCCCGAGGUACUUUGCGAGACAAGUUGUCGGAGGAAUGUCGGAUCUUGAUGACUUUGUGAUUCAUAGACCGAAGGCUUUGGACAAAGAAACGCAAUUGAAGAAUGUUGAAAGGUUCAAAAAAGAUGUUUUGAGCUGAAUUGGAUUUUGUACUGACUGUGGUAUAGAGAUCUAGAGUCUUAUGUUCAAGACAGUUGAGUUCAAAAAGUGACCAGGCUUUCGAGUUUAUGGAAUUAUGAUUUGAUGCUCUGGCGGAAAAGUUAUUUGCGAACAGUCCCUGCGACAAAAAAAACUUUAUCUUCAAGUGAAUAGAAUAUUUCAAAAAAACUUAUUGAUAAAUGUCUUUUGUAGUCCUUUGAUUUAAAGUUCCCUCAGUGUUUUCAUCUGCGGACAAACAUUUGAAUCCGCUCAUCAGGAAAAUUAUUGAUGAAUAGGUUAUCAUCUGA